UUUUCCCCUCGACUUGCCCGCAUGAAGGCAGAGGGGGCGGGAGAGGAGGAGGAAGGGCCUCGACCGGCAAGCGAUACCAAGAACGAGGAUGAGCUGCUGUAUGCGAUUCCGUCGCUGGACACGCGCUUCAGGCUGAAGCAGGUCUCAGCCGUGGGCACAUCGACGGGCACGACGCUUUGGCUCUCGUCGCAGGUCCUCGUCUGCUACCUCAUUGAGACGGAGCGCAAGCAGCGGCGCCGACGUGGUGCAGCAGCAGCAGCAGCAGCAGUAGCAACAGCAACAGCAGCGGCAGGCGCCGCUAACACGCGGCGGCCGCUCGCUGUGGAUCUUGGCGCAGGUGUGGGCCUCACGUCGCUCGUGCUGGCCGCUUUGGGUUUCGAUGUAAUCACGACGGACAUUGACCCGCCGUACUCGUCUGUCCUGCUGCCCAACAUUGCAGCCAACUCGCCGCCUCCUAGCCGGUCUGGUGGAGCCACGCGGUGCGGCGGCCAGAUAAUCACACUCCUGGUCGACUGGACAGUGGCAAGCGACGUCGAUGCGCUGCUCGCCGAGGCCGACGCCCGAGGCGGCGCCGACCUCGUCGUGACAGCCGACACCCUCUACUCGCCGUCGAUCGUCGACUCGCUCCUCGCUUGUCUCGCCCAGCUCAAACGUCGUGGAACACAACGUCAGCAACAACUGGACGUUCAACAGGAGGAGGAGGACGAGGAGGAGCAAAAACAAAGGAGGAAGCUUGAAGUGAAAGCAAAAGCAAAAGCCGGCAGAGGCAACAAGGGCACGGCCAAGGACAGGAGAACAAUGAUUCUUGUGGCGCUUGAGAGGAGAGAUCCCAGCCUGAUUGAGAUGAGCUUAGCGAGGGCACGAAGUAGCGAGCACAGGCUCGAGCCCGAUCGGGUGCCUCAGAGGGUGCUCAACAAGGCCGUUGAUGAUCAUCUCGGAAGCUGCCAUUGGUCAAGGGACGAUUGGGACGAUGUUGAGGUCUGGCACAUGUGAAAGAAGCGCUAAACAAGAAAGAGACUCAUAUUGCUUUUCUCUAGUUGAAUUACUACCACUGCUACAACUUCAGUUGCAGCGGGCCCAGAGCUGGGUGCGGGCUGGAGCCUAAAGUGAACUCGAUGUACGACUACUACUCUAGCUACACCUACUACCAAAAUAAUACCACGAUGUCCC